CAGUCCGAACUCAAAAGAACAUGCCUUUACAAUUUUCACCUGGCUCAGGGUGGCAAAAUGGUGCCAUUUGCUGGCUGGGAGAUGCCAGUACAGUAUAAAGACAGCAUAUCAGCUUCACAUCAUCAUGUUCGAAACGCUGUCGGGAUAUUUGAUGUCUCACACAUGUUACAAACAAGGGUUGAUGGGAAGGAUCGUGUUAAAUUUAUUGAGUCAAUGGUCGUAGGUGAUAUCCAAGUAUUAAACUCUAAUCAAGGAACAUUAACUCUGUUUACAAACGAUGCUGGUGGAAUUAACGAUGAUCUGAUUGUUAAUAACACGGAGGAAGGAUAUCUUUAUAUUGUGUCAAAUGCUGGGUGUAGGGAUACAGAUUAUGCAAAUAUGAAGAAAAGAAUAGAGGAGUGCCAAAAAGAAGGUUUAGAUGUAAAGUUAGAAAUUGUAGAAAAAGCUUUGAUUGCUGUUCAAGGUCCUCAAAUGACAUCAAUACUUCAACCAGGUUUAGAUUUUGAUUUAAAAACAUUACCAUUUAUGACAAAUAAAGAAGCUAAGAUAUUUGGUAUUCCUGAUUGCCGUGUUACAAGAUGUGGUUAUACAGGAGAGGAUGGUGUUGAGAUAUCUGUAGAAAUAAAAAGUAUAGAAGGAUUAUUAGAAACUUUAUUAAAAUCAACUGAAGCAGAAGUUAAAAUGAUAGGUCUAGGUGCUAGAGAUAGUUUAAGAUUAGAAGCUGGAUUAUGUUUAUAUGGAUCAGAUAUUGAUAGAACUACAUCACCUGUAGAAGCAACUCUAGCUUGGACCAUAGGUAAAAGAAGAAGACAGGAAGGUGGUUUUCCAGGUGAUAAGUUUAUUUUGGAUCAGCUUAAAAAUAAAGCGAGUAAAAAACGUGUAGGAUUCACUUCAGCUGGCCCCCCUGCCAGAGGAGGAACUAUUAUCUUUGAUGAAAGUGGAAAGAAGAAAAUAGGAAAAAUUACCAGUGGAAUUCCCUCACCCACCUUAAAAACAAACGUAGCCAUGGGAUAUAUAGAUACUCCUUACGGUAAAAAUGGAACCAAAGUUGUAUUUGAUGUACGUAAUAAGAAAAUUGAUGGAGUAGUGGCUAAAAUGCCAUUUGUUCCAGCCAAAUAUUAUAUACCCAAAUAA